AUGGCUUCAGGCUAUGUUCCCGUAGAAGCUGACGAUAUUACUGAGCAAGGCGAUGCUCUCGAAUUUAAAAGUUUUCUCCCUGAGGAUGCAAAUGCAAGCUCUGGAGGUGCCAGGGGUACUUCAAACGUUAACCGAGGGUACCUGAAUGACGAUACUCAACAGCGAUCAGGCUUUUGGACAUUCGAAUAUUAUCAGCGAUACUUUGACGUUGAUACCAAGACUGUUCUACAACGUUGUGUUGCGACGCUCAACCCAAUCGCAGCACCGUCUUACGUCGCAAACCACCUCUCUCCAGCACCUGAUCUUUAUGGUCCCUUCUGGACGUUAACCACAGUCAUCUUCGCGCUUUUUGUAUUCUCCUCGCUCGCCGCGUCGAUCUCGUCAUAUCUUUCCGAUCCUUCCGCACAGUAUAAUUAUAACUUCCAGUUACUAUCGAUAGCUGUGUCGCUUGUCUAUGCCUAUGGACUUGGAUUCCCUGCGCUGCUGUGGGGUGCAUUGAGGUACAUGGGCGUGACUGAGUGGAGUCUUGUCGAGGCGCUUUCAGUGUGGGGAUAUGGACAAUUUGUGUGGAUUCCUGUCGCUGCCCUUUGUCUUGCCCCAUACCCGAUCGUCCGUUGGGUUCUCGUCGGGGUUGCAUGCGGAUUAUCGGGAUAUUUCCUCCUUGCUAACGUAUACCCAGUUCUAGCGACGGCUAACUCGAAAACACCGCGUGCUUUUGUCAUUGUCAUUGUUAUCCUGCACCUUGCACUUGCACUCACGUUCAAGGUGCUGUUCUUUUCGUAUUAUGUUGUAAAGGAGAUUGGUCCCAAAGAUCCGCUUCCUGGUGAUGGAAGUGGCGAUGGUGCAGGUGGUAGGCAAUUCUUGCUGUGAUGUGAUUCUUGUGUCCGGGAGGUCCUUGGUUAUGUUAUAAUAGUUCUUUCAAUCAAUCUCAAUCUCACAUUCC